ACUUCAGCUACUUUCGACCAUGACCCACUCAUUUCCUGCAUGACAGCCGCUAUAUGUUUAGGCUGAUAACUGCGUAGAAACAUGGCAAAAUUCCAGCUGCUAUCCUCCAUCGACAUCCAGCACGAUACUCUUGCCGUGUUCGAUGACGUCGCACAGGCGGUGUUCGAACAGGAAGACUUCUGGGUAUCAUGUUAUAAAGAAGGCCAAACCUCUGUGCAUGGCAAAGUCCGCCUCAGGAAGACCGGCGAGGGUCUACAAGGAGUGUCUCUCCAAGCGCGGGAUGGAGUUCGAAUAGAGAGAAAGUCACAUAGAACGUUCGAGGUUGCAGCCGAGUCUCUUCAACUCGAGUCGACUUUGGUCCGUUUCCCCAGGAAUACCGUGAACACACCUGCUAAUGAAGACUCGAAGGCCCCUUUGGAUCUCAACGUUAUCGACGUCUCGCCUAAUGGCAAUCACAUCGUCUACGGAGGACCAGACGGAUACUGUUACGUACAAGAUUCGACGGAGCCGUCAAGCUCUGCGCCGAAAAACAAGCCUGUCAAGCUUAAAGGGCAUGUCGGGGAUGUGCUGGACGUCAAGUGGUUCCCAAGCGGAGAGGUCGUACUUACUGCCUCAUCAGACGCAACGAUCCGGAUCUUUUCUGCAACAACAGGGAUCAACCCUCGAUCGUUGACAGGCCACAAGAGAGCGGUAACCACGACUGCCAUCCUCGGGGUAGGCAGGAACAUCCUCUCUGGAAGUAAAGAUGGGAGCAUCAAGCUGUGGGACGUUGGGGCUGGGAAAUGCGUUUCGACAAUGCACACCAAGGGCUUUAGCGGGGUCGAGACGAUUGCCGUUGGGGAGGGUGCGAGCGCUCUUCGCGAGAGCAUCAGGCGGCAAAGCGGUUUGGGCGAUGGGAACAACUCGAGCUUCCUGGCAGAGGAGGACUUUGUACCGAGAACGCUUGCUGGCGAGUUACAGGAAGAUACCGCCGACAAGCUCGUCUUUACCGGCUUGUCAUCCAGUAACGGAUUACUAGCGGUCUUUGACCUGGCCAGCAAAAAGACGGUCAUCGAGACUUUCCCGCAUAUUCCGCCGUCGGCCUCGGUGCCGGAAGAUCGCCGAGGGGGAGCGAUUCAUGCGAUCGCUUACGAUCCUGAAAGCCACCUCCUGGCGUCUGCCUCAGCCAAGGGUGUUGUCGUGGUCAGGGACCUCUCGACGAUGUCAGCGGACGGGGAGAGCAAGAGCAUGCGGAUUUUUUCCCGGAAUCAAGCGAUCAUCAAUGACUUGGCGUUCGUCAAGACGAGGAACGGGGUGGAUCUAAUCGUCACUCCAGCCUCGGGACUACCUUUCCGAGCAUCCAUGUUGGAGAGCGACUCGGUCAAGGUAGUGGAAGAGUAUGCUGGAUGGGAAGCGGUCCCUGUCAACAGCGUCGCGGUAGGCGCUGGGGAGGGCAACAUCUGGGUCGCAGGAGGAGAAGGGGGAAUCAGGCAGUAUUGAUCUUGAUCCGGGAUGUACCGGUACUCCCGAUUUCCAUGUAUACAAGGCCGAAUUGAGGUCGUUAUGAUCAUUAGAAGGUUUACAGGAGAACAGAGGGAAUCAUCGAGAUCAUCAGGUGGCGAGAAACAGAUAUGGGAGAUAAAUCGAAGGUGAUGGGAAGGUAAGGUCUGGCGAUAGGAACGAUCAUUCCCCGUCUGUCAUGAUGGCGAUAAAUUCCUGCAUGAGGAUUCGAGUCAGCAGCUGUCACAUGAGAUUUACCCGGAACAUACUGACGUCGAGGUUGAUCUCGCCAUCU